AUGAGGGUUUCUCUCCACGCCGGCGCUCGGGGCUUCGAUCUCAAGCUGAGGGCCGCCUUCACGCCGCCGCUCGGUUGGCUUUCCGGCGUAGGGAGCCGAUUCUCCGCCGUUCUCCGGCUGCGGGGCUUCAUCAUCGAGGUGAGAUCGGAAGCCCCUGGCCUCUUAAGGAGGUUCUCCUUCGGAUCAAGACUGCGCCGGCUUUUCGGAGGUGUACUCAGGCGCCGAACGUGGUCAAGGCACUCCGGGACUGAUGCUGUUCCUGCGGAAACUCCCCGCCGCUGCCGUCGUUCUGUGUUCGACCGGCUGCGCGGCAUCCGUCUCAGGCCUUCGGAUAAGAAGCGCGUCUCCUGUCUAAGUAGGGUAAGACUCGUAGGACUCUCCGUCAUUCUGCCAUUCUCGAACGGCCAUGGUUAUUGAGGGAGUAAGAGGCCCACGGCGAAGAUCGUACUGUCUACGAUAUCUCACGGACAGCGUCCACAGUCCCAAAACAUCGAGAAUCAUUUAGUUCAGGAUUUUUUUUUCCUUUUUUGUAUCUCAGGAAACCUUGGCGAGUCUAAUCGGAUGUCUUGCAUUUCUGUCUCGCGCCCCUUCGCGCGAAGUUCGGGGAGGAAUUGGUAUCAAUGGGAUUGUCUUGUUCCUUCAUCUCCUCGCACUCACGGCCCAUUUCCCCGUCUCUCGAGCGCCAUGGAUUGCUCCCAUCGUCAUCUUUUCUUUGAAGUAUCUGCACUUGAUGGAACCAUUUCCAGAGGCUGCUUGGAGGGUCUGCGCCCUCACCCUUUCUUUGGCGAGCUUCUUCCUGCUCUCUCAGUCUCGGGUAAUUUUUAUUUUUUUUCUUUUUAUCAGAAUCUUUUUUAGUUGAAAAACUUUUGUGUAUCGUCUACUGUGCAGAUCAUAGCUUUUGCCUCUUCACACUUCCUUCUUAUGUGCUUUUGUUGUUGGAGUUUCAUCAAAAAAUGGCUUCAGUACAGACUACCUAUGGCAUUCAUUGAAUAUACUCCCAUGUUUAUCCGACAACAGUACGAUAUGGUGGGUAUUUUGUAUAACUUAGCCAAUAUUCAAGAUGAUCUGAACAAAAUCUAAGGACAGUUGCUUCAUAUCAAGAUUUAUAACCCUAGUAAAAUAAUAUCUCUAGUGUGAAGCAUAAUGGAAUCGAAAUCACACUAGCCAACUUUGGGUACAUGACUAGAAAAACACAAGUUAUCAGAUAGUGUAUUCCUUGUUUUGAUUUCUGUAUUUUUCUUGAAUAUACUCCCAUGUUUAUCUGACAAAAGUAUGAUCUGGUGGGUAAUUGGUAUAGCUUAGCCGAUAUUCAAGAUGAUCUGAACAAAAUCUGAAGACAGUUGUUUCAUAUCAAGAUUUAUGACCCUAAUAAAAUCAUAGAAUUUCUAGUAAAGAAACAUAAUUCAACCAGAAUCUGGCUGGCCAGCUUUGGGUACAUGACAAGAUAAACACGAGUUAUGAGCUAGUGUAUGCCUUCUUUUGAUUUCUAUAUUUUUCUUGAAUGAGAUGGCGAUAUGCCAGGUUUGAGAAAAAACAGUAAUUUACUUGAGAGUCAUGGAGAAUACGCACCCAAGCUUAAGAGCAAUGCAGCUUUCGUGCUUGAUUUAUAUAUAGAAAUAGAAUUUGAUUAUGCUUUUGCGAGGAACAUUCAAUGGCGACCCUUCGUCAGAAAGAUAAUGCUUAAACAUUCACUGUAUCACCCAUUUGUAUUGGGUCCUUCUAAUGUUGAAGCAAGAACCCUAAUGAAAUGCUCACUCCAAUCCUCCUCUUCUAACCUUGCUUGAAGUGGAGAGAUAAAACAUAGCUGAGCAUAACUGAAGCAUGAGAGGGAGCAGGGUUUUGGGUCUUGAACAGGAAGGACAGAGCGUUGACCACAAGUGCAAUGGCUGAUCUCUUCAUUAAUCGGAAAAAUCAAUGAUUUUCAAGUAUUGAAGAAUUGGGGCAUCUCUGGAAGAGAGGUUGACCCUUGUUUGGAAAGAUCUUUUUGUGAAGGAAUUACACAGUUCCUGGAAAGGCUUGCAUUAAUGUACUGAGAAUUACACAGUUUAGAUCUUGGUCUGGCUGAUGAAUUGAGAAUUCCAUUGGAUUUGUGGACUGAAAUUUUUCCCUAGCAUUAAUGUAGAGCUUAUCUUUCACUAGAUCGAUGGUCUGAUGUGAUUUUUGCUCCUUUUUUUAAUAUAUAUAUAUAUAUAUAUAUAUAUAUAUAUAUUAUAUACGAGUUAUUUUUUUCAACAAGACUGCCGACAGAAAAUUCAUGUUCAUGGCUUAUUUUCUUAGGCUGUGCUCUCCAAAGCCCGAGUUUACACUGAGAGAAAUCACAGGUUCAGCUGGAUCUUCAUCUUCGGUUCACUGUUAAUCUUCUACGAGGUAACAUCGACAAACUUCUUCGUCAAUCUCUAG